UUCCUACAUAAUCGUAUGGCUAUAAAUAGAACAAUCACACGUACACAUACACUCCCUGUAAUAUAAUUCUCUGUCUCUCUGCAUCUCGUUUUCGAUUUUUCACCAACAGAUCAAGAAAAUGUCAACACUCUGCGUUCCAUCUCAAGUUCCUCCUGUCUCCGAUGACUGUGAGCAGCUCCACAAGGCCUUCAAAGGCUGGGGAACGAAUGAGGGAUUGAUCAUUUCGAUUUUGGGUCAUAGGAAUGCUGCUCAGCGCAAGGUAAUUCAGAAGACAUAUGCUGAAACUUAUGGUGAAGAUCUUCUCAAAGUGUUGGAUAAGGAACUCUCAAGUGAUUUCGAGAGAAUUGUUAAGCUCUGGGCACUUGAUCCCCCUGAGCGUGAUGCACACUUGGCUAAUGAAGCUACAAAAAGGUGGACUAAAAGCAAUCAGGUUCUUGUCGAAAUAGCUUGUACAAGGUCUACACAGGACUUGCUUCAUGCAAAGCAAGCUUAUCAUGCACUUUACAAAAAAUCGCUUGAAGAAGAUGUUGGUUAUCACACCACUGGAGACUUCCGCAAGCUUCUGUUGCCGCUGGUAAGUACUUACAGAUAUGAAGGAGAAGAGGUCAACAUGACUGUUGCAAAAGCCGAGGCGAAGAUACUCCAUGAGAAAAUUAGUGGAAAGGCUUACGCUGAUGACGACCUGAUUAGGAUACUCGCAACAAGGAGCAAAACCCAGAUUAAUGCAACUUUAAAUCACUACAAAAAUGAAUUCGGAAAAGACAUAAACAAGGAUCUCAAGGCGGACCCAAAGGACGAAUUCCUUGCACUUCUGAGAUCCACAAUCAAGUGUUUGAACUUCCCUGAGAAGUACUUUGAGAAGUCUCUACGCCUGGCAAUCAACAAGACUGGCACAGACGAAGGAGCUCUCACUAGAGUUGUUGCAACAAGGGCCGAAGUCGACAUGAAGAUCAUAAAAGAAUGUUUUGAGAAAAGGAACACUACCCCCCUCGAUCGUGCCAUUGUCAAAGAUACAACCGGAGAUUAUGAAAAAAUGCUCCUAACUCUGAUCGGUCAUGGAGAUUCCUAAACCAAGCGCUUGUUUCCGGCUGUGGAUUGGUUGUGCGAAGCAAUGCCAGUGCUUUCUCUUGGCUGAGUUUGUUUUUCUUCUGUGUUCUUGCCAUUUACAAACUUUGUGCGUUUUUGGCAAAGUCUAUUUUCCUUGAGUGAUCUUCUGUAUCCAUGACAUAGCGGAAUACUAUAAUAACUCUGCUAUCCUAUAAAUAAAUAAUUUGCCCUUCUUGAGAGCAAAUGCUUUUCGCUUUGA